GAGGAAAGGAGGAAACCCGUUUUCCCACGCGCAACACAGACUUCCUUCUAGCCACUCAACUCCAACUCACUGCCAUCAUCUCACAGUACCGAAAGGCGUACCAAUCCGUAGGAAACGUAUCACCACUCGAAAAUCGCUUGGUUUGUUGUCACUACUCUCGUCCUCAGGACUUUCCCCGCAGAUGCUCCCGCGCCGCACGAGGCGUUGCGCCCGGUGAUGUCUCACCUUACUUCUGCAUUUCGCAACUCGAAAAGAGCUUCAUCCUUCUUUAAGCAUACUCAUGAUCAGUCGGAAGAGAAAGAGAUGUUCCCGACAGUGGGCCUGUGCCUCCCCGGUACCGUUCAUGGUAACAUGCCAUCACCAUCUCGCGGUCGUCCUCAAAGCCAGCCUGGGCAGGAAAAACGGAGACUCUCAGCAAGACCGUCGUUUGACCGCGGAUCGCUGACGAGAACGUCAGUGGAAGACCUGAGAGCUGGGUUUUCCUCCAUAUCGACUGCAUUCCGCUUUGCCGACUUUGUCACUCCUCUCAGCGACCCUUCUUCGGAAAUACACCUGCUCGUCAACGUCAUCCAGCGCGUUCGCGAUGAUGUUGCAACGGCAUCGCGAUUGCGCUCCAGUGACCGUUUUCUCGAAUAUUCUAAAUCGCAUCACGAAGAGCGAGCUUGGGUUGACAGCAUUCUGAUGGACGUGCAAUCCGCGCUCAACGAUAUUGGAAUCUAUGUUGAGAAUAUACGUGUGGCGGGAGAUGAAGGAGGGCCAGCCAGGAUGAGGCGCAAAUUUGAAUGGGUACUGAGACACCAGCACAAAGUAAGAGACAGACAAGCUGCUCUGGUCGUUUGCCAUCAGAGUCUUUCAACAGCAAUCAACUUCAUGCAGAUGGUCGAGAUGGGCGAUGAGUCACUAUUGACAUCUGAAGGCGCUAUAUCCAUGAUCUACGAAGCUCCUACUCAGCCGUGGAUGCAAGCAGAGAGGGGAAGCCUGUUGAGAAGUCCAUACAUGAGGCAGAAGAACCGUCUUAGUCAAAGGAACCUAUCCCUCCCUAGCAUACGCGUGUCUGAGGCAGAAAACGACAAGCUAGAAGUGAGCUCGGUGAACUCCGAUCCGGUUGAGCUACCCGGUAGUACACCGGAAGACCUUCCCGAGCCAGACGAUUUGGAUCUAUAUGCUUCCCCAGUAGAGCGGUGCAUAGUUGCAGAGGUUUCACAUACAGCUCCUCUGGGGGUGGAUGCGACUGGAGUCCAAGUGAAAGAGGACGGCAAUGAAUUUACGGAAAGUGAAAACAUAUCGCCAGUCCAGGAGAACGAGGAUGGAUCACCACCAAUAACACCUGUUCAAGAUAACACCGUACCGAUGACGGCGAGACGAUACCGACCGUACAGGGGAAGAGCCAAACCUGUCCAUGUCAGCCCGCGGCUCGCUGGUAGACACAGAUCUCUCCCGAUUCAGCUACCUGAGAUCGCACAAACGUCCUCCCUGGUCGAGGAUCUCGCUCGCUGGGUUAUAGGGUAUGAUGCGCAAGGGACCGAUAUGUCUGUUCCCCUGGAUACACCUUCAACCUCUGCGACCGUAUCGCCGACGGUGCCGACCUCCGCUAUGUCCUGCCCGGUCCGAUUGCAGUCCUGUGGCUCGCAUACAAGUGCUGCCUCCACGUCACAAAGCGAAGAAUCGGAAGUUCGGUUGUCGAAACUCCCUGAGUCAGAUGUGCUUUAUGAAGACUCACCCACGCUCCCCCAGGAGCCAUAUUCUCCAAGGAGUGAGGAUAAAAGCUCCAUCGAGCAGAAUCCGAGCAACAGUAAAGAAAGCGUUGUUCUCAAUGCGCACGAGACAAAGGAGACGGAGACUGGAGGUGGGAAAACACCAAGUCAAGAGCCCUGCGUGGGUCCUGCAACGUCGGUGGAAUCAAACACUCCUGAGCUGGGGUCAGGUACUGGAGAAAAUAGCAUGUCGCUAGAGAGGCCUGUUCCGCAGCGUGAUAUUGCUGAUCAGGAUGCACAAACUCCGCCACCUCUUCCCCCAAGGCCUACGAGGCCUGCUCUGUCGAUUCCACCCACAUUCCCAGCUAGCACAAGUCCUAGCGACGCAAAGCCAAAAACGUCUCAAGCGAAGAGAAGGAUGGCUCACAGAAGGCGCAUGCAGGCUGUGUAUGGGUCGGAGUCUGAGUAGAAUAAUCUCGGUGUUGAAGGCACUGACGAAGUAUUUCGGUAACAGACGAAGCAGUAAUGGGUUUGCAUCAUUGGCGACCUUGCACUCAUGACUGCUGAUGGAUAUGGGAAGUUUGUCUUGCAUGCGUUUGUAUGCUUGACUUCCAUUCACGGCACCCUUGAUAAUCCCUGCUGCUCUACACUAUGCUCACACACAUGGUUUGGGCAGUUAUGUUGAAUUCGAGGACAUCAAUUUUGGAAUGUGGCGUUGAAUACACGUCGUCACAGCGUGACUA